GCGCAGACGGGGAAACCCCCCCUCCCGAAUCGGAGCGCGUCACUCUAUCCUUUCAUAUCUCUAUCUACAGCGGCCGCUCGCUCUCGCUUUGCCCCGCCCCUCUCGGGCCAGGGAGGCGGGGAAGCGGCGAUGGAGGCGAUUCAGCGAGCCGGGCGCCUUCUCCUCGCCCAGCCCGUGGCGGCACGCUGGGGGUCGGGGCUUCCCUCCUGCCGCCGCCGCCGCCUCCGCCGCCUCCCCUUUCCCGCGGGCCGUCGUCCCAUCAGCGGUCCCGGAGCGCUCAACCCUUUCGACCGGCAGCUGAAGAGGAAGCAGAAGAACUGGGCGGCCGCCCAGCCGGAGGCUCAGCGCUGCGAGUACCUGCGGGAGGAGGUUGGUGGUAGGCUAGCUGACCGUGUCUUUGAUGUUGCCAGGACUUUUCCCCUUGCCUUGGACCUUGGCUGUGGACGAAGCUACAUAGCUCAGCAUUUAAACAAGGAUGUCGUUGAAAGGCUUUUUCAAGUAGAUAUUGCUGAAAACGCUUUGAAAAACACAAUAGAAUCGGAGAUACCCAGAGCCAGUGUUGUAGCUGACGAAGAGUUCCUUCCUUUCAAAGAAAACACGUUCAACCUCAUCGUCAGUGGACUGAGCUUACAUUGGGUAAAUGAUCUUCCCAAAGCGUUGUAUGAGAUACAUCGCGUCCUUAAACCUGAUGGCGUAUUUAUCGGUUCCAUGUUCGGGGGAGACACAUUGUUUGAGCUCCGCUGCUCUUUGCAGCUGGCAGAAUUGGAAAGAGAAGGUGGAUUUUCCCCACAUGUGUCUCCUUUUACUGCUGUCAAUGACUUGGGACAUCUUCUGGGAAGAGCUGGCUUCAACACACUGACUGUGGAUACAGAAGAAAUCCAAGUUAACUAUCCUGGAAUGUUUGAACUUAUGAAUGAUCUGCAAGGUAUGGGGGAGAAUAAUUGCUCUUGGAGCAGAAAACCUAUGCUGCACAGGGCAACCAUGUUGGCAGCAGCAGCAGUAUACAAGGAAAUGUAUGGAAACAGUGAUGGGACAGUACCUGCAACAUUUCAACUCUAUUACAUGAUAGGUUGGAAAUUCCAUGAAUCACAGGCAAGACCAGCGCAAAGAGGUUCUGCAACAGUGUCUUUUGGUGAUCUCAGCAAAAUAAAUGAAUUUAUUCCAGGAAGGAAAAAACAUUGACAUAGAAUGUAAACAAUGGCCAAUAUGUUGGACUUAGCAUUAUGGGCAGAUGUCACUUCAUUUUGGAACUACAUAUGACUGUGUGUUUCCCAGAAUACAUACCUCCCAGAAGAAAGUGCCAACAUAUUCAUGUUUUACCAUUUCAGUGGCAUUGCUUACAUAUACAAAUGGUAAUAGUACACAGCUAUGAUUUUUUUAUUGUGCAAAACGAAAUAAAAUGAUGCUAUUGUGUUCAUCUGUAUAAACUG